AUGGCGGUCAACCAAGCCCCCGAAUAUGGUUGCGAGGCAGCCAAUAAACAAGCCAAGCGAUGUUGGUUAAGCUUAGGCUUGAGUCAUUCUGUUGAAUUAACAGAUCCAAAAAGAUAUCGACCAACAGUUGAUACUCUCCAGAGGUAUUACUCUCAAUAUCCAUACGUGGUUGGCAUUACAGAGCACCAAAGACCUCCAUUUCUUGUCCAAUCUGUCCAACAAGUCCCUGCAUGUCCCACUGACUGUCCUUCUGAGACAUUCAAUGACAAAUCUCUCAAAAUAGAGUGGCAAGUGAUUGGAAAGUACAGUCAAACUGGCCAAGAAGUGGUUUUCCGAGCUCGUCAUAUCAUCCUUGCCCUCGGAAGGUCACACGACAAAAUCAAACUGCAAGUGGAGACCAAAUCUGGGUCAGAAUGUCCUCUCAUCUCAUCCCUCGAAGAAUUGAGGACACUCACAUACAAUCACCCUCUCCUUAUUGUCGGUUCUGGAUUAGACGCCGCGGAUAAAAUUCUUUUCUGCCGACGGAAUAAUAUUUCCGUGAUUCACGUUUACCGCAAAACUUUUGAGGCUGCCUCUGAAUUGUACGCCCCAAUGGACCCCCUGACUUACCCCGAGUACAUCUGGAUAAGGGACCUCAUUCUAUCCAAACAUAUGGAAGAGGACUCUUGGACCUACACAGCCUUCGACUCCUCUUUGGUCUCCUACCUCGACGUGGGUCACCAAGUGUGGGUGAAGGGGAUCGACAACUGUCAUUUCUUUACUGUGUUGGCCUGUGGAGUGUUGCCCUGUCUGGGAUACUCCCCGCACGUGUUAGAGGACUUUUGUGGACUGUCGGUUGAGGAUUUAGUCAUGGACUCCUCCACAUAUGAGAGUGUUCGAUAUCCUCGACUUUUUGUGCUUGGAUCUCUUUCGGGGGACAGAUUUGUUCGUUUUGCUAAAGGAGGGGUCAUUUCUGCUGUCUCAAACAUUCUUUCGUUUGAAAACUCGCAAAAAUCUUAA